AUGGAGGUUGAGCCUGAGGUUGUGGAACCCACCUUUGUUGCCGGCGCGCUGCAAGGCAGCAGCCUUUGGGAUCCCCCUGGGUUGAGUGCGGCUUCAAGCAUUGCUGCAGGGAGUGGCUUGCCUGAUCGUGGCUUCGCUUCCGCGAGCAGAAACGCUCAAAACGUGCCAGGUUUCGGGGGGGAGCCUCCGUCGGCUGCGAGGGGUGCAGGGGGGAGUACGGGCAGCGGUGGUGGGAGUCUGCGUAACGGAGGUUUGGGCGGGGCAGGGAUUCCAACUCCGAAGGCUGGCGGAGUUGGGAGCGGGGGGGCGGGCUUGGCGGAAGGGUUGAUAGAUGUCUCGGCAGGGGAGGUGGAAGGGAUGGGGGCGGAGGUUGGUCGGGGUGGGGGCCAAACUGGCCAGCGAGGCCACGUUGGCCAAUUGGAUGGGCGAGCAGGGAAUGGGGCAGGCGCGCCAGACGCGCUCCUCCCAGGAACAUCGGAAGUUGGUUUGGAAGCUGGCAGGGCACCGGGGACAGGGCCGUUUGCCGCUGGCCCUACACCCUCCUCCAAUGGUACAAGGGCAGGGAGGGGGAGAGGCAGAGGCAGGGGGGCAGUUGGCAGGGGUGGUGGAAGCAGAAUCUGGAAGGCGGUCCUCGAUCUGACGGUCGCGAUUGAUCUGGCCGUGAUGGCUAAGUUAGUCAAGUAA